UAAAAAAGAAACUUCCAAUUCAAGCUGCUACAUCUACAUGUUCGACAGCCAAUGGCGCCGCCGCCCCGGCUGAGCGCCCGAGCCGACGAGGAGAACCGCCUCGUGGGCCUCGCCGCGCGGUGCGCGUCCGCGCGGCAGCUCGAGCAGCUCCACGCCCGCGCCGUCCUCCUCGGCCACGCCCGCAGCAGCUUCGUCGCCGCCAAGCUCGUCCGCGCCUUCGCCGACCUCGGCCACCUCCGCGCCGCGCGCGCCGUGGCCGCGUCCCUCGGCGCCGCCGCCAACGCCUUCGUCUGGACCGCCCUGGUGCGCGCCCACUCCCAGUCGGGCUCAUCCGCCGCCGCGCGCGACGCCGUGGCGCUCUAUGCCCAGAUGCACCGCGGUUGCCCCGGGGUCAGGCCGCUCACCUUCACCGUCUCCUCCGUGCUGAAAGCCGCCGCUCGCCGGGAGAUGCUGCGGGAAGGCGAGCAGGUGCACGUGCACGUCUUCAAGAACGGGUUCCAGACCGACGAGCGGAUCGCGACGACGUUGGUGGAUCUCUAUGCCAGGUGCGGCAGGCUGGACGACGCCCGCAGGGUGUUCGACAGAUUGCUCGUUAAGGACGCUCAGCUGUAUAACACCAUGAUCGCUGCGUAUAUGGAGGCGGGUGAGGUGGAGCUUGCGGAGGAGCUGUUUGAGGUAAUGCCGGAGAGGAACACGCACACACUCAUGGAGAUGGUCGGCGGAUACUCUGCGCGUGGUGAUAUGGACUCUGCGAAGCAUGUCUUUGAGAUGGCAAAUGGAGUUGUGAACAUGGUCUUGUGCACCGCUAUGAUAUCCGGGUUUGCUAAAACUGGCAGUGUUGAUGAUGCCAGGUCCGUCUUUGAUGGAAUGAGACAGCGGGAUGUUGCGACCUGGAAUGUGAUGAUUGGCGUGUAUUCAGGCGCUGGUCGGGCUGUAGAGGCAGUGAAUCUCUUCAAGGUUUUGUUGGAGAGUAGAGCAAGACCGAAGGUGGAGCCAAACCACACUACAAUCUCAACGGUGGCAGCUGCAUGCGCGCAAUGUGGGUUGCCUACUCAAGCUAGUUGGAUACAGGAUUAUGUGGACAGUCAUGACAGGAUUUUGUUGAACAACCAUACUGUAGCUGCCCUCAUUGAUAUGCAGUCAAAGUGUGGUAAUAUAGAAAGGGCUCUUGACUUGUUCGGCGGGUGGACACAAAGAGAUCUGAUCUGUUACAGUGCUAUGAUCUCUGCAUUGGGCAUGCAUGGCCGUGGAGAGGAUGCAAUUGCAGUUUUUAAUGAGUUGCGUGACAAUGGCUUCCAUCCUGAUGGCAUCUGUUUUGUGUCAGUUCUCAAUGCCUGCAGUCAUACAGGUCUGUUGGAUGAGGGUCGUCGAUACUUUCAGAUGAUGAAGGAUGAGUACCAAAUUAUUCCUACUGUAGAACACUACUUGUGCGUGGUAGACCUGCUUGGUCGUGCUGGAUGCAUUGAUGAAGCUUUCCAAAUGAUCACACAUGAGAUGCCAACGGACUUACAACGACAUGCUGGCAUUUGGGGUGCUCUUCUAAGUGCUUGUAGAACUUACUCAAAUGUGGAGAUUGGGGAGGUGGCUGCAAGUCAUCUAUUCAAGUUGGAACCAUAUAAUAUGGGAAAUUAUGUCCUGCUUUCAAAUAUAUAUGCAAAGGCAAAGAAGUGGGAUGGAGUCCAAAAGGUUCGAGCCCUCAUGAGGAGACAAGGAAUGAAGAAGGUGCCUGGGUGGAGCCAAGUUGAUGCUCAAGGCAGUCUAAGAGAGUUUAUUACCGGCGAGCUUCAUGACAGUGUGCUAGAGUUGAUAAUGGAGAUACUGAAUUGGGAGCUCAGGGAUCAUGGUUACGUCCCAAUCAUAGAAGUUGAAAUGUGCUUGUCUUCACGAAUGCUCGAUGGGAAUAUGCGAUCUUUCUCCACUGUUGGAAGCUCUUGCCCUCAAAAUAAACAUGUCCUUUCCGUUCCAAUCUCCCGCCUCUCCCAUCGUCAUCUCCCCCUCCUCCUCUCCUAUGCAACCGUCUCGGGUCUUUUGUUCAAUCUACCCCUGCUCCACUCUGUCCUUCGCUCACUCUCAGUGGGGCCUGUCCCUUCUCUCUCCCUCUCAUUCCUCUCCCUACUCCGCCAGUCUGGCUAUAUGCCCCUCGAUAACUACUCCCUUACCGCUGCUUUGUCUACUGCCGCCCGCCUCCCUUCUGUUGUUGUUGGUGCCCAGUUUCAUGCCCUUUCUGUGAAACUCGGCCUAGAUUCUGAUACAUUUGUCCUUAAUACUCUUAUCAACAUGUACUCAUCUUGUAGUUAUCCAUCUACUGCAAGGUCAGUUCUUGAUUCUGCUCCCCAAGGGGCCACGGAUGUUGUUUCUUGGAAUACAAUCAUUGCUGGAUACCUACAUGGUGGGAUGCCUACUAAAGCAUUGGAGGCUUUUGGCCAAAUGACCAAGGAGCAAGUUAAGCUGGAUGAGGUCACGUUACUGAAUGCUCUAGUUGCUUGUGCAAGGACAUGCACAGCGAAGGUCGGGAGGCUAUGUCACGCACUACUUGUGACGAAUGGUUUUGAGAUUAACCCUUAUACGGGGUCUUCCUUGAUUAGUAUGUAUGCAAAGUGUGGACUGGUCGAAGAUGCUCGUAAGGUUUUUGAUGCAAUGCCUGAGAGGAAUGUGGUUUGCUGGACCUCAAUGAUUUCUGGAUAUACACAGGUUGGUAAGUUUAAACAGGCGGUUAAGCUGUUCAGAGACAUGCAAAUUUCUGGAGUAAAAGCUGAUGAUGCGACAAUUGCUACUGUUGUGUCUUCAUGUGGCCAGAUGGGAGCACUGGACUUGGGACGGUAUGUCCAUGCUUACUGUGAUGUUCAUGGUCUAGGGAAGGGUAUUUCUGUGAAAAAUUCAUUGAUUGAUAUGUACUCGAAGUGCGGGGAUAUCAAAAAGGCCCAUGAGAUAUUUCGUGGGUUGGUCAAGCGUGAUGAUUUUUCUUGGACAGUGAUGAUAAUGGGAUUUGCUGUGAAUGGCCUCUCUGGUGAGGCAUUAGAUUUGUUUGCGCAGAUGGAAGAAGAGGGUGAAGUCAUGCCGAAUGAGAUCACUUUCUUAGGUGUCCUAACUUCUUGUAGCCAUGGAGGGUUAGUUGAACAGGGAUAUCAUCACUUCCAUCGCAUGUCCAAGGUGUACGGUAUUGCACCAAGGAUUGAACACUAUGGAUGCAUGGUUGAUCUCUUGGGGCGUGCGAAGCUAUUGGCAGAGGCAGAACAAUUCAUUGAAGAGAUGCCUAUCGCUCCUGAUGUGGCAAUAUGGCGGUCGUUGUUAUUUGCCUGCAGAGCUCGUGGAGAGGUGGGUCUUGCAGAAUAUGUAGCAGAAAGGGUCGAAGAGUUAGAGCCAAGCAGGUGUGGAGGAAAUGUUUUACUUUCUAAUGUCUAUGCUACCACAUCAAGGUGGGUUGAUGUGAAUAAAGUGAGGACAGGAAUGGGCAGGAGCAGAGUGAGUAAGCGGCCUGGUUGCUCUGUAAUUGAAGUGAAUGGAUGUGCCCACGAGUUCUUGUCUGGAGACGAGACACAUUUAGAGACUGAAGCUAUAUACAACAUUCUUUUAGGGAUUAAUGAACUGUUAGCAGCAGAGUCUUCCUGAUGUGAAAGCUAAUUUAUUUCUGUAGCAACACUACCUGUGAAUCUAUGAUCUUAUAUUAUGAAAGGAUGAAAUCUUAUGUAUGUAUUUGUAUUUGCAUUUCCCUCUGAGGCAGAAGUUCCUUUUUCCAGACAUUUACAGCAUUAACAACUUAGCACAUAAUUGAGUGUA